CAAGUUGUAAAGUUGAAGAUUAAAAAAGGGUUCCUAUCCCUGCUUUCUCUCGGGUUAGAGGGAGGAAGACCUAACAGGGAGCAGCUGCUGCUAUUCCUUUGUGCAGUUUGGGUUUCAGGUUUCAAGCCUCCGGGGAGGGGAGGACACUGCAGUACUUGGUGCUGUGGCCGCCGCUGCCUCCUCUCAGAAGUUGAGGGUAGCUGGGGGAAGAUGAUAAUUUCUGACUGGCCGAGUUCCUGGCGAACUCCCUACUUGGAAGGUUAGAAGGGGCGGGGGCUGGCUCCCGAGAUCGGGCCUGUGGGGGCAGGGAGGCGGCGAUCCCAGCUGGGCAGGGACUUCCUUCCUUAACCGCAGGACAACAAAACAAUUGAACCUAAGGCACCCAGCUUAGCUGCUGCUGUCUGGGUAAGAGAGGAGUAAGAGAGGAGAGAGGCGAUGGGCUCCGCGCUAAGCAGUGACAGCGGCCGAGCAGCCCCGGCCAGUCGGGCCACUCCAUCAUCCCUGCCCAGGAGGAGCGAAGUGGAGCUGCCGAUUACCUCUUUUGAUUGCUCUGUCUGUCUCGAAGUUCUACAUCAGCCCAUAAGGACCCGCUGCGGCCACGUAUUCUGUCGUUCCUGUAUUUCUACAAGUCUAAGGAACAGUAAGUGGACUUGUCCUUAUUGCCGGGCAUAUCUUCCUUCAGAAGGAGUUCCAGCAACUGAUAUCAUGAAGAAAAUGAAAGCAGUAUACCAGAACUGCACAGAGUGUAACACUCAGGUAUGUCUCAGUGAAAUGAGAGCUCAUAUAAGGACUUGUCAGAAAUAUAUAGAAAAAUAUGGACCUCUUCAAGAGCUCAGAGAAAUAACAAGAUGUUCAUGUCCAUUUUGUGAGAGAGAAUUGGAUGAAGAUAGCUUGCUUAACCAUUGUCUCACUUAUCACAGAUCAGAAAGGAGGCCAGUGUUCUGUCCGCUUUGUCAUUUUAUACCUAAUGGAGAGUCACGCAACUCCAGUGACAGUUUGAUCCGGCACCUGCAAAUCAGACACACAAUGUUUUAUGAUGAAUUCAUUGAUUUUAAUGUAAUAGAAGAAGCUCUGAUCCGAAGAGUCCUAGACCGGUCACUUUUAGAAUAUAUGAAUCAUUCAAAUAGCACCUAAUUAUCCUAAGAGGAGAAAAGAUUUUCCAUGGAUUCAGUAUAUUAAGAUACUGCUUUAACAAUUAAAGAGGUAUCUUUGGCCUUCAAGAAAAGCACAGAUAUAACAAACCUGUAAUGUUUGUGUGUGUCUGUUAUUGUGUUUAUCUGGAAAUUUAAAAACCACUAUAUUAUCCCUUUGGUGAUUUAUAUUCAUAGUCUCCUGUUGAGAUUUCCUGAUAUUUAGUAGUAAUAAUUAUAUCAGCCAGGAGGUUUAAGGUGGAUAACCAUACAGGGCAUGUUAAAGGGGGGAGUUGUUCUUGUUGGGAAAUCAGAUGAAUUUUUGCAGGAAUAGUGCCAUAGAUUAAUAGUAAACAACAAGACUGACAGUGAUAACCAUCAAAUCGCUUUAUAUAUUUUUAAAAAUUGAAUGAGUUAAGUAUUUAAGAAAAACCUGAAAGUAGUUUCUAAUUCUUAUAUUCUAGGUUCUAAGAUGUUAUUAUGAAUGCAAAAUUUUAAUGGAAAUGAGAGAGGGAACUAUUGUGGUAGAUAACAAUAUCCCUUUAAGUUGUAUGCUGUUACUUAAUACUGUAACAAAAUAAAUACUGUAAUAGGAAUGUAUUCUUAAUGCUUUCAUUUUUAAAAAUAUGUAUCUAUCAUAAGCAGAAUAUAUUUGAAAAGUUGGUGGUUAAUGUUAAUUAUUGUUAGGAGAUUCCUAUAAUGUAAAUAAGUGCUAAAAUAUUAUGGCCUGACAUUUUACAUGUAAAAAAUAUCUUGUUUGAACAGAAUUUUUUUUGAAGCAAAGCCCAUACCAGGUUGAUUUUUCAACUAAAAAGGUAUAUUGAUUUAUGAAGACAAUUCAUUCAACUCCUUAGGGUAAGAUUUUAUUCAGCUAAGUUUUGGAUUAGUAGUUCUAAUGAGAAAUGGUCCUUUCUGCUUAUUCCUUCUAUAUAAGGACUAUUUAUAGUAUGGAAACUUAAAGAAGAAAAAUGAGUACCAUUUCUUUAGAGGCCUGGUUCCUAUUCUUCUAUCACCUUUAGAACUUAACACAUGUUUAAAAAUAUUGGAAGGGUAUAUGGGAACUGAGAAGACUACAAAGAAAUGAAACCUGGGUAGUCCAAAAUCUCAUUUGGGGAAGUUAGUUUUCCUUUACUGAAAAGCCUAGAUGAGUUAUAUAUAACUUCUUUUUCGUUAGAAUUCUUAAGAUAAAUUGUAAAAGAAAAAGAAAAGAUUCUGAGUUAUCCAAAACUGGGUCAUUUGUUAGAAAUCUAAUUAGUUUAGGAGAGAACUUAGAAAGGUGAUAUAAGUAAAAACCACUCCCCACCCCCUUUUUUUUACAUGAAAGGAAACAUAGAAAAGUGGCUUUCAACUUGUCUAAGAUUAUUCUUAACAGAGCUAAGACCCAAAAGCCUCCUAACUCCUUAUCUUUCUAUUAUGGUUGAUGUUCAGUUAUAGCCAUUGGACCAUACUUGUCAUGGGGUUUUCUUGGUAAAGAUAGAGGAUCGAUAUGCCUUUUCCUUCUUCUUAAAACAAACAGAUUAAGUGAUCUUUCUAUUGAUACCACUCUGCUUGAGAAGGAAAAGAGAGUAAUAUCUAGUGUUAAUGUUGAAUAUCUAUACAACAAGCAGAGUGGCAUCAUUAUAAGAGCAUAGGAUCUAGGAGUAAUAAGACAAGGCUUGGCACACUGUCUCUAUGUGCCCUGGGACUAGUCUUAUUCUCUAAACUUAAGUAUUCACAUCUAUAAAAUGGUGAUAAAUAAUACCUGACCUUCCUACCUCAUACAAUGUUGAAAGAAUCAAAUGAGAGGAUACAUGUGAAGGUGUGCUAUAAAUUAUUAAAGCACUAUACCAAUAUUAAUCAGUCAUUAUAUUUAGACUAGUGGAGAGAUGAACUUCAGAUUUAACAAAAAUUGUUAAAAGUCUAAAUUUUUAAUAAACAUGAAUUUUUUUAAGACACUCCUAUAGUGUAAACUAUAUAAGAUUGAAUUUAAUUUAUCUGCUACAGGAGACCUCCAACAUCUAAAUUCUGCCUCAAAUCUCCUUUCAUCAUGCUUUUACCACUGAUCUCAAAUCAAGAACUACUUAUUAAUGAGCCCUAAUGUGUUACAUGUUUCUGAUUUAGCAGAGUCCAAACUCCUAGAGUUUUAUUCCAGAAUUAUCAUAAACAUGCAGUUUGUUGAGUGAGUAUUAAAGUGACUUAGUCAUCUGGGAUGAGAAUGAUGGGAACAACAAAGGAAAAAAAUGUCAUUAACGUCUAAAAUAGUGUCUCUCUGGUAAUUCAGUACUCCUAGCGGCCAAAUGGACAACCUAGAAAAGAAAAUUACCUAUUAUUAGCCCACCCCUAUGUAAAACCUAAGCUAGGAUGUAUAUUCUAUGAGGAUAUGUCAACUUGAUUAUGUCAAACCAGAUUGUGGGUUGGAGAUAGAGGUUGAGUAUUAAUGAAUGAUAGAGACAGGUCUAGAAUUUCAGCUUCCCAGGCCUACAGAGUCACACUGCUCUGAUGUAAGUGAUAAAACUUACCAUCAUAGAUUCAUGAGGCAAGUAAGCUUAUUGAGUUUAUGAAAGGUAGUAACAAUACGGUUUGUGGUCAUAAGGACAGAGGUGCUAAAAUGUCUUAAAAGAGAUCCACUCUUGUUUCAUUCCUCAACAACAAAAACUAUAAUUAUCAGAAUUUUAAAAAUUAACAAUUACUGAUUUUCUUUUGUAAAGAUGUCUUAUGAGAAACAAAGGAUGGCAGGACCAUUGCUUUUGUUUAAAAUAUGUAUCUAUUCAUAAAUGCUGACCUUCAAUAAAUGGUUUUCCUAAACCUAA